UAUAUUUGCAAUCUCUAAGGACAAUAGAAUUUUCCACUAUGACGAAUAAAGAAAACUCAUUACAAAUCAAGAACAAGAAAUACCAAAUUAUCAUCCUAGGACUGCUGAUUCAUUUUCUCAUACUUUUCGCCGUUUUCGAUAUAUAUUUUUCCAGUCCCUUAGACCAUGGUAUGAAGCUAGUCAAGUCCAUUUCACAUCCACCGGCCAAAAGACUAGUUUUAUUUGUAGCUGACGGUCUUAGAGCAGAAGCAGUAUACGGAAGAAACACUGAUCGAAUCCCGUUUUUAACCAGCAUCAUCCUAAAUAAUGGUUCUUGGGGUGUGGCUCAUACCAGAGUACCGACAGAGUCCAGACCAGGCCAUGUAGCAUUGCUCGCCGGCAUAUACGAAGACCCCAGCGCUAUUAUGAAGGGUUGGAAGGCUAACCCUGUUUAUUUCGAUUCGGUUAUCAACCAAAGUACUAAUGCGUGGUGCUGGGGAAGUCCUGAUAUAUUGCACAUAUUUAACAAAGAUAAGUUAGAUCACAUUAACCUGCACACUUACGAUGCAAAACUGGAAGAUUUCGGAGAUAAUGAUACCGGACUUUUAGAUACCUGGGUCUUCGAACGAGUGGAAGCAUUCUUGUUAAACGAAGUCAAGAAAUGCAACCAUAAUUGUGAUAAAUUCCAUCAAAGUGGCAACGUGUUUUUUCUGCAUUUACUCGGAAUAGACACAGCGGGACAUGGUUUUAAACCACAUUCCAAGGAAUACAUUAGGAAUAUUCAACUAGUAGACAGAAAUGUGGAUAGAAUAUCAAAACUUUUUUCUGAAAUUUAUAAUGACAGUUUAACAACCUUCAUUUUCACCGCUGAUCACGGGAUGACUGACUGGGGCUCACAUGGAGCGGGCUCCCCGCACGAAACUGAAGCCCCUCUUAUUGCAUGGGGUGCGGGUGUUAAAGCUAACCGCGCUCAACAAGACGUCAAACAAAUUGAUAUAGCUCCUUUUUUAUCAUCAUUGGUCGGGUUGAAUAUACCGAUGAAUUCGUUGGGGGUAAUUCCACUGAACUAUCUUGAAAUGAGUAAAGAGGAUUUAGCUGAGGUGCAACUGUCUAACACCUUACAACUGCUAGAGAUAUUCAACGUAAAGAGACGCCGUACAGAGGCAAAUACCCUAGUAUUCAUACCCUAUAAAGGACUGACUUCGGAAGUAUUAACAGAGAAGAUGUAUUAUUUAAGUAUGUUAAAAGAGAAGAAAGAAUUCGAUGCUUUAAUAAAGGAAUGCGUGAAGCUCAUGGGAACUUUAAUUGAUGGUUUGGACUAUUAUCAUAACUACUACCAAUACCCACUGCUGAUUUCUAUCUCCGUCGGAUUUAUCGGCUGGAUUUUAUUCUUGAUCGCGUCCGUAUUAGAUAACGAGAAACUCGGAAACAAAUCUCCGCUUUUGCAUAAAAGAAUCUUAAUAAUUUUCAACGCUGUUCCGGUGAUACUUUGCUACAUGCAGAGUUUUCCCUUAUCGUACUAUCUUCACUUUACGUUUCCAGUCGCUUCAUUUACAUUAUUACAUCGUGAUACAAAUCGUUUAAAGAGCAUCUUCUUUGAAUUUAAACAGUUUUUGUCUAGCGAUAAAGCAGCCAGUAUUAUAAUUUAUAUAAUCGGCAUCGAACUACUUAUUUGCGGCUUUUUUCAUAGAGCGGCAUUCUCUAUUCUUACAGUAUUAAUCGGCUUAUGGAUAUUUUCGACAGAUACCUUCGGAAAAUACACGAAUAAACGAGACAAACUCCUCUGGAUUAGUUUAUGUUCUGUUCUUUCCGCUUUUCCUUUGUGUCCAGUAAUGAAAACUAGUUUUAACAUGCCCAUGUAUGUUCUGGGAUGCGUAUCCUGGCUGGUUCUUUUCUACGAAAUGUACUGUCGCAUAACUGUUCAAAACCAAUUAAGAAACACAAAGGUUUCUUACAAAAUAUUCCACUUUCAAUUUUUAUGUUUGGUAUGUGCAGCAAUUUACACUGUUUUGUUAGAACUAGGCUUCAUAGCUAAUAAUUCUUCUAUUAAAUAUAUAUCUUGGUUUAUAUUUGUAAUGCCUAUUUCUAUAAUUCCAUUUUCUAAUCAGUUAGUUGCCGAUCGACUUAUUACAACUUUCUUUGGAUUUGCUCCAUUCUACUUGCUAGUGUCCUCUAACUAUGAGGCUCUAUUUUCAGCGGUUUAUGUCGCUAUUCUUUGUAACUGGUUGUUGAUAGAGAGCAAAGUUCUUCAGGCAACGGAUUCAGGAAAUAUUAUUUAUUACUUAUCUUUUAAUUCCUUAAUUGAAAGUAAACAAAAAGUCAAUUCCGAUAUGUUUCGAAGAGCCUUCCUGUUUAUGGUAUUCAUCUUCGUCGGAUUCUUUGGAACUGGCAACAUUGCCAGUUUGAAUUCCUUCGAUCCAAUGUGGGUUAGAGCUUUUCUAACAGUAUUCAGCCCAUUUAAAAUGAUGGGUCUUAUUUUGCUGAAGAUUGCAGUGCCGUUUUUGUUUACGUGCUGUGUUUUCAGAGCUAUCAACUCGAUAGGCAAAGAAAAUAUAUUACAAAUGUUUUGUAUUAUUCUUAUCUUUUCCGAUAUUAUGGUUUUACAAUUUUUGUUUCUUAUUACGAACAAGGGUUCGUGGCUUGAUAUUGGGUCGAGUUUAUCACACUUUAUUAUCAUGGAAGGUUUUGUUACCAUUUUACUGAUUUUAUAUGGAUUCGCCCACUUGUUAACUACAGUCAAUUAUUUAAAAUUAGAAAAGUAAUA